GCGGGCUCCAGAGAGGGAGAGAGCGCGUUGGGGCGGGGCGGGAGAAAGUGGCCGCCAGGAGGACGUUGGCGUUUACGCGAGGCACAGCGGAAGAGUUUUGCUUUUCGUGCGCGCCUUCAAAAAACUGUGUCUGCUGUUGGCCGAGGGGUCUGCUCGGAGCGUCCCCUUCACCCGCGGCCCCGCGCCGAGUUCGCCGUCCCGAGCCAGCGUGGGCGAGGUGGGAAGCGCGCUUGAUCCGCGCCCCGCGCCCGGAGUUGCCCCCCGACUGCCCAUGGCUACGCGGGUGCUGACCAUGAGCGCCCGCCUGGGACCCGUGCCCCAGCCGCCGGCCCCACAGGACGAGCCGGUAUUCGCGCAGCUCAAGCCCGUGCUGGGCGCCGCGAACCCGGCCCGCGAUGCGGCGCUCUUCCCCGGCGAGGAACUGAAGCACCCGCACCACCACCCGCAGGCGCAGCCAGCGCCCGCGCAGCCCCCGCAGCCGGCGCCGCCGCCCGCCGCGGGCCCGCGGCUGCCCCCGGAGGAGCUGGUCCAGACGAGAUGUGAAAUGGAGAAGUAUCUGACACCUCAGCUUCCUCCAGUUCCAAUAAUUCCAGAGCAUAAAAAGUAUAGACGAGACAGUGCCUCAGUGGUAGACCAGUUCUUCACUGACAGUGAAGGGUUACCUUACAGUAUCAGUAUGAACGUCUUCCUCCCUGACAUCACUCACCUGAGAACUGGCCUCUACAAAUCCCAGAGACCCUGCGUACCACACAUCAAGACAGAACCUGUUACCAUUUUCAGCCACCAGAGUGAAACGACUGCCCCUCCUCCUCCGGCCCCGACCCAGGCCCUCCCCGAGUUCACCAGUAUAUUCAGCUCACACCAGACCGCAGCUCCAGAGGUGAACAAUAUUUUCAUCAAACAAGAACUUCCUACACCAGAUCUUCAUCUUUCUGUCCCUUCCCAGCAGGGUCACCUGUACCAGCUACUGAAUACACCGGAUCUAGACAUGCCCAGUUCUACAAACCAGACAGCAGUAAUGGACACCCUUAAUGUUUCUAUGUCAGCGGCCAUAGCAGGCCUUAACUCACACACCUCUGCUGUUCCGCAGACUGCAGUGAAACAGUUCCAGGGCAUGCCCCCUUGCACAUACACAAUGCCAAGUCAGUUUCUGCCACAACAGGCCACUUACUUCCCCCCGUCACCACCCAGCUCAGAGCCUGGAAGUCCCGAUAGACAAGCAGAGAUGCUCCAGAAUUUAACCCCACCUCCAUCCUAUGCUGCUACGAUUGCUUCUAAACUGGCAAUUCACAAUCCAAAUUUAUCUGCCACUCUGCCAGUUACUUCUCAAAACAUCCAACCUGUCAGAUACAAUAGAAGGAGUAACCCGGAUUUGGAGAAACGACGCAUCCACUACUGCGAUUAUCCGGGUUGCACAAAAGUUUAUACAAAGUCGUCUCAUUUAAAAGCUCACCUGAGGACUCAUACCGGUGAGAAGCCAUACAAGUGCACCUGGGAAGGCUGCGACUGGAGGUUCGCGCGCUCAGACGAGCUGACCCGCCACUACCGAAAGCACACGGGCGCCAAGCCGUUCCAGUGCGCGGUGUGCAACCGCAGCUUCUCGCGCUCCGACCACCUGGCGCUGCACAUGAAGAGGCACCAGAACUGAGCGUGUGCACCCCGCGAUCCGCAGGCCGCCCGGCACCCCUUAAACCACACACUCACUAUUCAGAUAAAAAAAAAA